AUGUCAGUUAAAGAUAGAACGUCCGAAUUUUACGCCGCAGUGGAGUCAAUCCGUACAAGGUCCUCGAAUGGUCAUGGAGGCUUUCAAGCAAGACAUAAUUUAGAACAUCGAAGACCAUUGCUAAAUAGUAAUAAUAGUAGUAAACUAGUAAACGGUAGUACAGGUGUCAAUAAAAGUGAGUUUGCAAAGAUGGCGGCGGCGAUAGGAAAGGAUAUAAACAUUACAGCGGCUAAAUUACAAAAAUUGACGAAAUUGGCUAAGCGAAAGACACUUUUUGACGAUCGGCCUGUUGAAAUUAGCGAAUUGACUUAUAUAAUUAAGCAGGACAUUGCAAAAUUAAAUAAGCAAAUAGCCCUACUCCAACAAUAUGUUCGGGAUCAUAAAAAAAAUAAUAAACAGGCCGAUGAACAUUCUUCUAAUGUUGUAGUUAUGUUACAAUCAAAACUAGCUAGUACUAGUAUGAGUUUUAAGGAUGUUUUGGAAAUUCGAACUCAGAAUAUGAAAGCGAGUAAGGAUAGGAAGGAACAAUUCAUGUUUUCUUCUAAUCAACAAACUGAUAUACCUGCAACUGAUUCACCAUUAUAUAAUACGCAAAGACGUAAUGUUCAACAGAAUACAGAUUUUCUUGCUCUUGAUAUGUCUUCAGGACAAGCUCAGCAAUUACAAUUUAUUGAUCAACAGGAUAAUUAUAUUGAAAGUCGUGCAACAGCGAUUGAAUCUAUUGAAUCAACAAUAGCUGAGCUUGGUAAUAUUUUUCAACAAUUGGCAACAAUGGUCGCAGAACAGCGGGAAACUGUUCAAAGAAUUGAUGCCAACACAGAUGACAUACAAACUCAUGUAGAGGGAGCACAAAAGGAACUAUUAAAAUAUUAUGCUAGUAUUUCUUCAAAUCGAUGGCUAAUGGUUAAAAUAUUUGCAGUUAUAAUAUUCUUUUUCUUGGUUUUCAUUCUUGUAACUUAA